AAUGGUAGAAAGCGACAUUGGUGCGUUAUCAUGUGAGCCGAUGGAAUAAUGUUUUCUUGAAUUUUUUCGUCGUGAGUGGAUUAAAUUUUGUGUGUAAGUGAAUAGUGACAUAGUUAAAUAUGGCGGACUUAAAGUCGCCGCCUUUUAGUGAAAUUACGAGACCUGAGGAAGUAGUCAGGAUGACGACGAACGAUAGCCUGAAAUUUGCAGUCCUUAUCGGCUUGAUUGAAGUCGGACAGGUGACCAACCGGGAGGUGGUGAACACCGUCUUACAUCUGCUGGUGGGCGGGGAGUUCGACAUGGAGCUGAACUUCGUGAUCCAGGACGCUCAGAACAUCCAGCACAUGCUGGAGCUGCUGGACCACUGUCCGCCCAGUCUGCAGGCGGAGAUCUGGUCCGUGUUCAUCGCAAUCCUGCGCAAGAGCGUGCGCAACCUUCAAGCGUGCACAGACGUCGGCCUUAUACACCACGUGCUACAGAGGCUGCCCCGAGCAGAGACAGUUGUCGCUGAUUUACUCAUCGAAAUGUUGGGAGUCCUUGCGAGCUACAGCGUCACAGUCAAAGAACUCAAGCAGCUAUUCAACGCCAUGAAAGCCGUUAAUGGCAAAUGGCCGCGCCACUCAGCUAAGCUCCUCAACGUGUUACGUCAGAUGCCCCACAGGAACGGUCCAGACGUCUUCUUCAGCUUCCCUGGAAGGAAAGGAUCAGCGAUAGUGCUGCCCCCACUAGCCCGGUGGCCGUACGAGAACGGUUUUACCUUCACCACAUGGUUCCGACUGGAUCCCAUCAAUUCAGUGAACAUUGAGCGAGAGAAACCAUAUUUGUACUGUUUCAAGACGAGCAAAGGCGUGGGAUACACGGCGCACUUCGUGGGCAACUGCCUGGUGUUGACGUCGAUGAAAGUCCGCGGCAAAGGCUUCCAGCACUGCGUCAAAUAUGAGUUUCAGCCCAGAAGAUGGUACGCGAUAGCCGUGGUGUACAUCUACAACAGAUGGACGAAGAGUGAGAUCAAGUGCCUGGUCAAUGGUCAGCUCGCAUCCAGCACCGAGAUGGCCUGGUUCGUCUCCACUAAUGAUCCAUUCGACAAGUGCUACAUCGGGGCGACGGCGGAGCUGGACGAGGAACGCGUGUUCUGCGGCCAGAUGGCAGCCAUCUACCUGUUCGGCGAGGCGCUCACCACGCACCAGAUCUGCGCCAUGCACCGCCUCGGACCUGGAUAUAAGAGUCAAUUCCGUUUCGACAACGAAUGCAACAUCAGUUUGCCGGAAAACCACAAAAGGGUGAGCGAGUCGGCCGCGCCCAAGCUUGAGUACGCUGAACCCCCGCCCGAUCCCGAAAAUGAUCCCAAUCCCGAAAUGAAUCCCGAAACCAAUGCUCCCGUCGCUUCUGAAGAUACCAGGGGAGCAGCAGAAGAUAGUGUAGUAGUAAAGGAAGACUCGACGCCUCGUGGAAGGAGGCUUGCGGAUGAAGCGCGCGAAGUGGCCGCCGCGCAUGCCACCCUGCUCGUAGAUAUUGAAGCAUGCAAGCGUGUGUUAUACGACGGCAAGUUGUCUUCAGCCAUCGUGUUCAUGUAUAAUCCGGUGGCGACAGACGGACAGCUAUGCUUGCAGUCCGCGCCCAAAGGCAACGUCUCCUACUUCGUGCACACGCCGCACGCCCUCAUGCUGCAGGAGGUGAAAGCGGUGGUAACACACUCCAUCCACAGCGCGCUCAACUCUAUCGGCGGCGUGCAAGUCUUGUUUCCACUGUUCGCGCAGCUCGACCUGCCGCACGAUGCGCCGCCCAACGAGCCCAAGAGAGAUCCCAUGCUGUGCUCGAAGCUGCUCGGUUUCGUGUGCUCGCUGGUGGAGUCGUGCGGCACCGUGCAACAACACAUGCUGCAGUGUCGCGGCUUCCUCGUCGUUUCCCACAUGCUGCAACGCUGCGCCCGCGACCAUCUCACUGCAGACACGCUGGCCUCAUUCCUGCACCUUACCAAACAUCUCGUCACUUGCUGUUCGCCCAACUCUGAUCUGCUGCUCAAACAGCUGCUCGACCACGUGCUGUUCAACCCCUCGCUGUGGAUCCACACCCCGGCGGCGGUGCAGGCUCGGCUGUACUGCUACCUGGCCACGGACUUCCUGGCUGACGCACACAUCUACGGCAGCGUGAGGAGAAUUAGUACAGUUCUGCAAACUGUACACACGCUCAAGUAUUACUAUUGGGUGGUUAAUCCGAGGACCAAGAGUGGGAUCACUCCUAAAGGAUUGGAAGGUCCCAGGCCCGCGCACAAGGACAUCCUCACCAUCCGUGCGUACAUCUUGCUGUUCUUGAAGCAGCUCAUCAUGAUCGGCAAUGGCGUCAAAGAGGACGAGCUGCAAGCCAUCCUGAAUUACCUCACCACCAUGCAUGAGGAUGAAAAUCUUCACGAUGUCCUACAGAUGUUAAUAUCUCUGAUGUCAGAACACCCCAGCUCUAUGGUACCCGCUUUCGAUGCAAAGGGCGGAGUGCGGACGAUAUUCAAGCUGCUGGCCUCUGAGAGUCAGCUGAUCAGACUGCAAGCGCUCAAACUGCUCGGCUUCUUCCUCAGCCGAAGCACACACAAGCGUAAAUACGACGUGAUGUCACCCCACAACCUGUACACGCUGCUGGCGACGCGGCUGGGCGCGGCGGGCACUGGGGGCACUGCCGGCAGCGCGGGGGGCACCGCGGGGGGCACCGCCGGGGGCACGGGGGGCACGGCGAGCGCGGGCCUGUCGCUGCCCGUGUACAACGCGCUGUACGAGCUGCUGACGGAGCACGUGGCGCAGCAGAUCCUCUACACCAGCCACCCGGAGCCGCAGCCGCACUUCCGACUGGAGAACCCCAUGAUACUAAAAGUGGUAGCGACACUGAUCCGACAGUCCAAGCAGACGGAACAGCUGCUGGAAGUAAAGAAGCUGUUCCUAUCGGACAUGACGCUGCUGUGCAGCAACAACCGCGAGAACCGGCGCACGGUGCUGCAGAUGUCGGUGUGGCAGGAGUGGCUGGUGGCCAUGGCCUACAUCCACCCCAAGAAUGCAGAGGAGCAGAAGAUCUCCGACAUGGUGUACUCGCUGUUCCGCAUGCUGCUGCACCACGCCAUCAAGCACGAGUACGGCGGCUGGCGCGUCUGGGUCGACACCCUCGCGAUUGUGCACUCCAAGGUUUCAUACGAAGAGUUCAAGCUCCAAUUCGCUCAAAUGUACGAGCACUACGAGCAGCGACGCGCGGACAACAUAACCGACCCGGCGGAGCGCCAGCAGCGGCCGAUAUCCACCAUAUCUGGCUGGGACAGGCACACCGAGCCCGCCGCGCCCCGCCCGCGCCCCGAUGCCGACGACAGCGUCGCCAGCACGCCCGGCACCAUCAAGAAGCAGAACGUCCUCAACCACGCGGCACAGACGGAGAUCGGCAAAGGCCUCUCCCUCAGAGAAGUCGAGGGCUGCAACUGCAGCAAACGUGAUCCCCGUGAAAGUGACAGGAGCGUAGAGCCGCGGACUACACAAGUGUACGGUGACGAGUGUAAAGUGCAUAGUCCUCUCAAACAGAGCGCGAGCUCCGAUGCCGGCGGCGACGAUGGUUGUGAUAGUUUUACGAAUGAAACUGAGCACGCGGUCGAUGAGGGCGAGCAGCCCGACGGUGAAAAGCUGCCCAGCCCCGAUAGCGAACUGGUGCAGUCGAUUAUUGAUAACAAGCUUCUAGAGAGUUCCGAGUCCGGCAUCGCAAUAAUCGACUCGGACAAGACCGACAAACCUCUCAGUCGGCAGGGCAGUCUGGAUUACAUUCCAGUCAGGGACAUAGGAGACAGCCUCGCCAAAGAUGACAACACGGACAAAAGCGAAGGCAUUCCCUCGAGCUUGUCGGCGAGCGAGGCGGCGAGUCCCGAGAAAGUAGUCGAUAUGAAUAUUAUAAAUGAGAGAGAAUCAGAAUUAUCCGAUCGGUCCGAAUUAUACUUGACUCCUAGCGAGGCCACGAGUCCCAGAAGAACGCAGGAAAAGUCUGAAAUGAGUAUUUCUGAAGAGAUAACCAGCGAUGAUCCUAAACAUAUUGCUAUUAACAUUGUGAACGACGUGCUGUCUAUUGCCCUCGAGACGGUCAAACUGAAGGCGGAUGACGACACGGACUCCGGAGCGAUAUCUGGAGGACUGCAUUCGGAAGGGAACACGCCCAACGGACGAGACGACUUCGAACAGGACAUGGAGGAAAUGAUCGAUCAAAAACAAACCGUUGAAACGAUCGCUAGCGAACUUGUAAUGGAUCUAAUCUCAACAGUUGUUGCUAAAAGUGAAGCCCAAGAAGAGACGGUAGCCAAAGAUAACGAAAGCCCUAAAAGAGAUUCGACUCCUGAACAUUCCGAGGAAGGAAAUGUUCUACCUUUAGAUGGAGAUUACAUAGUUAAUCCCGAUAGCGACGAACCAUCGCAAGAUAUGUUAUCGAGUAAAGUUGCAGAAGAAAAUGCGAAAAAUGACAGUCAUAGAAUAGAAACGGAGGAGUCCGAAGACCAUAAAACACCAGAAAUUCCCCCGAUUUCUACAAUUAGUGAGAAUAUAUCGCUCGCCAAUAAAAAGGAACAGGAGCACGAAGAAGAAAGGAAUCGUGACAACGAAAGAGACAAGAGACGUGUUAGUUUACCGGGCGAAAGCGAGAUGAAGCAAGAUGGCAGGACGGAGAAUAUAUCUCAAGGCACGAACACAUCCACUUCACCGAAACGACCGCGUAGUGCCUCCACUAGUACACAAGUCGAUUCAAAUCAUUUCGAGUCAAGUCGUCCGAAGUGCACGCGGCCGAUGUUCUCGCCGGGCCCGACUCGGCCGCCCUUCCGCAUCCCCGAGUUCCGCUGGUCCUACAUACACCAGCGCCUGCUGUCUGAUGUGCUCUUCUCACUCGAGACUGAUAUACAGGUGUGGCGCAGUCACUCCACCAAGUCAGUAAUAGACUUCGUGAACAGCAGCGAGAACGCUAUCUUCGUGGUGAACACCGUGCACCUCAUCAGCCAGCUCGCAGACAACCUCAUCAUUGCUUGCGGCGGACUGCUGCCGCUGCUCGCCUCCGCCACAUCACCCAAUAACGAGCUGGACGUGAUCGAGCCGACACAGGGCAUGCCUGUGGAGGUGGCGGUGACCUUCCUGCAGAGGCUGGUCAGCAUGGCCGACGUCCUCAUCUUCGCCAGCGCACUCAACUUCGCCGAGCUCGAGGCUGAGAAGAAUAUGUCCAGUGGUGGGAUACUGAGGCAGUGUUUGAGACUGGUGUGCACGUGUGCGGUCCGCAACUGCCUCGAGUGCAAGGAGCGCCAGCGCUGCGCCGCCGCGCGCGCCGCUCGCGCCCCGGACUCGCCCGCACCUAAGAGUGUGGUGGCGAGCCUGGCGGACGCGGCCAGCCCCGUGAAGGACCCCGAGCGGCUGCUGCAGGACAUGGACGUCAAUAGACUGCGCGCCGUCAUCUACAGAGAUGUGGAAGAGACGAAGCAGGCUCAGUUCCUGUCUCUGGCGAUUGUUUACUUCAUCUCAGUGCUGAUGGUGUCCAAGUACCGGGACAUCCUGGAGCCGCCGCACGCGCCGCCCGACUGCGCGCGCAGAACUCACCACCACGAACACCAUGCGGGGGGCACGCGUCCGCUGUUCCCGCAGUGGUCGCACCACGUGUACCCGCAGUUCCUGCCGGGUGGGCACCCGCACGCGCAUCGCCACCCGCACGCCCACUCGCACAAGCAGUGCGCGCACAAUACGCACUCGGCGCACGCACGCCUCGCUAGCUACCGCGCGAACGCGGACCACAACGGUGAUGACGUGGAAUACGCAAUGAUUGUCGUAGACGAAAACAACUCUACUAUGAACGAGUUGGACUCUCCUUCGAUGAAGGACGAUAAAGAAGAAGGUGUGGCGCGUAUUGAAACUACUCCGGACGAGGCGAAACCGAAUACUAGCGAAAAAACAAAGGGUGAAGAUUCUCCCGCUUCGGACAAGGAGGAACCGCUUUACAAGUCCAGUCUCCGAGUGACCAGGCCCAAGCCCAAGAGCGUAGAUUCGAUUGAAGAUGCUGGUUCGUUUCAUCUUAACUCGACGGAGACCACAAACAAUGAUCCAGAGACAUCGAGUGAGAUUGCAAUGGACGAUAAUAAACAUCCAGUGAGCAAUGACGAGUCGUGGACGGAUGUGAACUUGAACGAGGAGGAGCGAGGACCUGCCACUAUCACACGGAGGGAUCACGAAGGGAAUAUUCAUGAAGAAAUGGAGAAGCAGAUUCAGAUGAGGAACGCGGAACAGCAACAGCUGCAGCAGAGGCAUCAGCGGAGGACCCUGCAGGCGUCGCAGCGACAUCUGCACCCGGACAACGAGACCCUGGCGGGGCUGAGCGCGCUGGGCGCGGGCGAGCUGGGCGCGGGGCGCGAGGCGUCGCGCGAGGCCUCGCUGACACACAAGCUGGAGACGGCCCUGGGCCCUGUCUGCCCGCUGCUGCGGGAGAUCAUGCUGGACUUCGCACCCUUCCUCUCCAAGACUCUCGUCGGCAGCCACGGACAGGAGCUGCUCAUGGAAGGUCUGCAGACGUUCAAGUCGAGCACGUCAGUAGUGGAGCUGGUGAUGCUGCUGUGCUCGCAGGAGUGGCAGAACUCUCUGCAGAAGCACGCCGGCCUCGCCUUCAUCGAGCUCAUCAACGAGGGCCGCCUGCUCUCGCACGCCAUGCGCGACCACAUCGUCAGGGUUGCCAAUGAAGCUGAAUUCAUACUGAACAGGAUGAGGGCCGAUGAUGUCCUCAAGCAUGCCGACUUUGAGUGUGUGUGUGCGAGCACCAGUAGUGAGCGGCUGGAGGAGGAGCGCACGUGUGAGCGGCUGAUUGCGGCCGCACGUCGCCGCGACCACGCCGCCGCCGCACGCCUGCUCGACAAGCUGCGCCACGCCGCACACGCCAGUAUCACUGGAACUGAUGAGGGUUCCAGCGAGGGCUUUUGGAAGCUGGACUCGUGGGAGGACGACGCGCGGCGCCGGCGCCGGCUGGUGCCAGACCCGCGCGGGCGCCGGCGCGCCGCACUGCCCGCACAUGCGCACGCGCCGCCCACACCACCGAGCGACGCUAUACUACAGGCGACAGAGGAGCUGCACGCGCGCAUCGCGCAGGCUGCUGGCGGCGCGCAGCUGCCGGCGCCCGCAGCUGAUCUGCUGGACGACGCCGACGCGCUGCUCGACGAACGCGACGCUGAGCAAGAACUUACCGGUCCGGUGAACAUCAGUACAAAAGCGCGGCUGGUGGCGCCGGGGCUGGUUGCCCCUGGCACCGUCUCCCUCACCUCCACAGAGCUGUACUUCGAAGUGGAUGAAGAGGAUCCUGAAUUUAAGAAGAUCGACCCUGAGGUGUUGAAGUACUGUGAGCAUCUGCACGGCAAAUGGUACUUCAGCGAGGUACGCGCCAUCUUCUCGCGCCGCUACCUGCUGCAAAGCGUCGCCAUCGAGAUGUUCCUCGCCAGCAGAACUUCAAUCUUCUUCGCGUUCCCCGACCAGGCGACUGUCAAGAAAGUGAUCAAAGCCCUGCCCAGAGUGGGCGUGGGCAUCAAAUACGGCAUUCCUCAGACACGACGCGCGUCAAUGAUGUCGCCCCGGCAACUGAUGCGUAACUCCAAUAUGACACAGAAAUGGCAGAGACGAGAGAUAUCAAACUUCGAGUACCUUAUGUUCCUCAACACGAUAUCAGGGCGCACGUAUAACGACCUGAACCAGUAUCCCGUGUUCCCCUGGGUCCUAACAAACUACGAGAGCGAGGAGCUGGAUCUCAGCCAGCCUUCAAACUACAGGGAUCUAUCCAAGCCUAUCGGCGCGCUUAACCCAAGCCGUCGUGCGUACUUCGAGGAGCGGUACAGCACGUGGGAGCACGACUCCACACCGCCCUUCCACUAUGGUACACACUACUCCACCGGCGCCUUCGUGCUCAACUGGCUCGUCCGCAUCGAGCCGAUGACGACAAUGUUCCUGGCGCUGCAUGGCGGCAAGUUCGACCACCCCAACAGGCUGUUCUCAUCCAUCGCCUCCUCCUGGAAGAACUGCCAGAGGGAUACCUCCGAUGUUAAGGAACUGAUCCCGGAGCUGUUCUUCCUGCCGGAGAUGCUGGUAAACAGCGGCGGCUAUAAGCUGGGCAUCCCGGACUCUCCCUCGGGCGACGUGUUGCUGCCGCCGUGGGCCUCCUCCGCCGAGGAGUUUGUGCGCAUCAACCGCAUGGCGCUCGAGUCAGAGUUCGUCAGCUGCCAGCUGCAUCAAUGGAUUGAUCUUAUAUUUGGAUACAAGCAGAGAGGGCCGGAGGCGGUGCGCGCUACGAACGUGUUCUACUACCUGACGUACGAGGGCGGAGUCCGGCUGGACCAAAUCACGGAUCCGGUGACGAGGACCGCGGUGGAGGACCAGAUCCGCAGCUUCGGACAGACUCCGGCGCAGCUGUUGAGUGAGCCGCACCCGCCGCGCGCCUCCAGCCUGCACCUGGCGCCGCUCAUGUUCGCGGCGCCGCCCGACGACGUGUGCAUGCGCCUCAAGCUGCCCUCCAACGCCGCCGUCGUGCACGUCUCCGCCAACACCUACCCCCAGCUCGCCAUGCCCACCGCCGUCACGGUGAGUGCGGCGCGUGCGUUCGCAGCACAUCGCUGGGCCGGGGGCGGCUGCGCGCAUUCUGCCGCCCGAGCUGACCUCGCCCCCCACCACGCGCCGCAUCACCACCACCCCUUGCUCAUGGAUCCCGUGUGGGCGGGCGGUGCCGCGGGCGCACUGUCGCGGCGACAGCUGGGCGACAACUUCUCUCAGCGCGUGAAGGCGCGCAGCAACUGCUUCGUCACCACUGUCGACUCGCGCUUCCUCAUAGCCGCCGGAUUCUGGGACAACAGCUUUAGAGUAUUCUCUACAGAAACCGCUAAGAUAGUUCAGAUAAUCUUCGGUCACUACGGCGUGGUGACGUGCGUGUCUCGCUCCGAGUGCAACAUCACCUCCGACUGCUACAUCGCCUCAGGCUCCGAGGACUGCACCGUGCUGCUGUGGCACUGGUCAGCGCGACACGGCGGUGUGGUGGGCGAGGGCGAGACGCCGGCGCCGCGCGCCACGCUCUCCGGACACGACGCGCCGCUCAACGCGGUGCUCGUCUCCGCGGAGCUCGGCCUCGUCGUCUCUUCAUCCAUCAACGGUCCGGUGUUGAUCCACACGACGUUCGGGGAGAUGCUGCGCGCGCUGCCGGGUGCGGGGAGUGCGGGGGGUCCGGGGGGCGCGGCGCCGCAGCAGCUGGCUCUGGCGCGCGAGGGGGUGCUGGUGGUGGGGUACGCGCGCGGACAUCUCGCCGCAUACACACUCAACGGACGGCGACUCCGGCACGAGACGCAUAAUGAUAACUUCCAGUGCCUGGUGCUGUCACGAUGUGGGGAGUACCUGGUGUGUGGAGGUGACGCGGGUGUGGUGGAGGUGUGGCGCGCCUUCACUCUGGCGCCGCUGUACGCCUUCCCGCCAGCCGGCGCGCCCGUCUGCAGCCUCGCGCUCUCGCACGAUCAGAAAUUCCUUUUGGCGGGUCUCGAAAACGGCUCGCUUGUUGUAUUCCACAUAGACUUCAACAGAUGGCACCAUGAGUACCAACAGCGGUACUGAUCCGCGCCCUACGCGCACUUUCACUGCUAAAUACUGACUCAAUGUCUCUCGAACAUUUUUAAAAUUACAGUUUUGUGUCAUAAAAAUGUCAAUUGAUAUUGACAGAUGUCAGUUACUGUCAGUGUUACCAUGUUAUGGUACGUGCUAUAAGUUUAGAAACAUCAAUACGUAAGUUUUAUUUAAUUUCGUUUGAAAAUACUUUUGAUGAUCCUAAACUGUUAGUGACCUUUAGAAGCUAGAUCAGCGUAAGACACCUAAACUGCUUUGAUAAGCGUUAGAAAUUGAUAGUUUGCUAUGCUCCUUACUAGUUUGGCCAGUGUUGCAAAAUUAGCUUUAUAAAAAUUACUUUGGUGCAUUUUUUAGAUAAAACAGCCAAAAAUUUUUUAUUUU